AUGACCUCCCACACAGAACCCAGCAAAGGCACCGCCCCACCAGCCUACGAACCAUCAUCACCCGACAAAGCAAUUGACGACGCAAAAGCCCUCCGCGAGGCGACAAGCGGCCUUCGCACAGACAAAAAGACCCUAAUCCGAAUAAUCCCAGCUGUAUCUUUGAACCCACCACAAAUGGCACUGCUCCAACAGACCUACACGCAGCUCUACCAGCGCAACCUCGAGGAAGAUAUCCGCGGACGCGUCCAUUCCUAUUUCAAGGAUAUCAUGCUGGGAUUGAUCAAUGGCCAAACCUGGGGCGACGUGAAGCGACUGAACGAUCUCAUUCUGGAACCGUUCGUAGAAAAGCGGGUUCUCACCUGCUGCGAGAUCAUCUUCUACCGGAGCCAAGCCAAGCUCCACGCGAUCAAGGAGCUGUACGAGCAAAAGCAUUCAAAGCCAUUAGCGGAGAAGGUCCGGCAUCACUGUUCGGGGUAUACAGCGCAGCUACUUGUCAAGUACCUUGAGACUCCGCGAUGUGAAGAUGGGACCGACGCGCUCGAUACAGCAACCAUACGGGCCGACGCGCUGCUCCUGCACCAGGGGAUCUGGCGCCAGGGCCAAGAAGAUAUGGACUAUGUAUCUGAUAUCCUGGCCAGGUCUUCGCGCGAGAGGCUCAUCGCGCUGAUGGACGAGUUUGAAGCCGUGUACCGCGUUAGUCUUGGGAAGUACAUCAGGGAGAAGACCACGGGCACGCUUCAGUUUACGUUGCGGGUGCUGUUGUCGUGGGCAGAGGAUCCUAUACAGUAUGCGCGGGAUUGUCUGGUCAAGGUGUUGCCGGUUAAGAACGGAGUGGCUGAAUGCAGUGCUAUUACUCAUACGAUGGUUUGGGCUCAUUGGAAUCGGACGAUGUUUGAGGCUGGGAAGAUGAGGCUGCGGUAUACGACUUCGACAAAUAUAAGGAUGGAAUUGGAGAAGGGGCUUUAUGAUGAUUCUUAUCGGGAGUUGGUAUUCAAAAUUUAUGAUGGGAAGUAUUAG